AAUUAUAUUAAUUGUUUUCUUUUUAUGUAUUUUGUUGAUUAGGGACAUUGAUCGAGCUAACAUUAUUAUAAAAAUAGUGAUAUCAAAAUAAAAAUAUCAAACUAAGAUUUUUAAGAAACUCACAUAAAAUAAUCAUGAAUUUUUAGUGAAUUAUUUUAUGCAAUCAAUUUUAACUCGUUUAAUUCACUUGCAAUUACUGUAAGUAAACAAUUAAUUAAUAAUUAAAGUAAUUAAACAAUUAAGUAAUUAAACAAUGUUAUUUACAGCAAUAUCUACAAUGUACCUUUAGUAAAGCUAGAGGAAAUUUUUAUUGAACAUGAUUUAUAUACAUUGGUGACAGGUUUAUCAUACAGUGGUGUUUUAACUCAAUUACACAUUGGAGGCAAUUUCUCAUUCAGAUGUUACUUGUUUCACAACUGCACAUGGAAAACAAAAAGUGUUGUAUCUUUAUCAAUUAUGCACAUUGGUUGCAAAUGUUUUUUCAGUACAUUAAGUAUUAUGUAUAUGAAUAUACCGGCGACUUGCAAAAUGACGGCAAUCAUUUAAAUUAUUUUAAUAUACACAUUGGUUGUACAAAGGUAUAUAGUAUGCACAUUGGUUGUAUUUUUGCCUGCAGGUCGAAUGCACAUAGGUUGUAUAUGUAAUACAAGCAUUCAGACAUGACUAGACACUUUGGUUGUUGUAGUACGCACAUUGGUUGCGUUUUUGACUGCAUGUCAUAGACACAUUGGUUGUUUAAUAUGCACAUUGGCUGUACUUCACUAUACUUAAAUAUAACUGGCACAUUGGUUGCUAGGCAAUUUUUACUCAAUAUGUGUUUAUAAAAAAUAUACAUUUAUCAAUGUGCAUUAUGAUUAUUUUAUGUAUUGGGUCUGGUAGGCAUUUGCAUUUAUAUAUCUCAAUUAUCAUUCUCAAUGUUUGCUUUUUAUGUUGUCACAAUUACUGUGUAGACCUAUAUCUACUCUGGAUAUUAAUACCUUUAGAAUAUGAUAACCUUAGUUCCGUGUAUUUGUUUCAGAAAUACAUACCAUAACUGUUUAAGUUAUGGCUUUAUACAAUUGAUUUCAUUAAAGAUUCUAGGGUGAAAAAAUAUAUAUUUAUUUUAUGGCAAUUUUCAAAAUGAAUGAAAAUUAUUUAAAUAUAUUUAUUUGCCAUAGAUAGUCUAAUUUGGAAUAAGUAUUCCUUAUCAUAUACAUAUACAUGUAAAGAUAUUAUAGUAUAAAAUAUUACAUUAAGCAUUGAGCAUUCUUAUUCAGAUGAGCAAACGAAAAUCAACGAGUAAAUACCGAUCUACCCCUCCAAAGGCACAGAAGUCUACAGCGGAACUAGACGAAAUAAUACCGGCUGUGACACAGUCAGUAUUAUCCACUUUAAAAGAAAUGGGACUUCUUGAAGGAAAGGAACAAUCACAAGAUACCACACAAUUGACAGAUAAAUCCACCAACAACAGCCCUGUCAAUUCUCAAGAGGCAGGCACAUCACAAUCUGGAUCAGCAAUUCCUCCAUCUGUCCAGAAAUCCAUUCCAGACACAACUUAACAAGUGGGAAGAGGUGAAUCAAUAUUUGGACGAAUGCAUGUGGCAGAAUCCAGUUCGGGAAGACAUUCCAGCCGAUCAGAUAUAUCCUUGACUGAAAUAGCACAAUCUCUAGUGAACAAGUCUCUAACAGAAUCUUCAAAAUGUACAUACAAUCGUGCUCUCCAAGCGUACAAGGCUUUCCUUGACAUUAACCCGUACUUGCCGGUUACUAUGCCAAUAACUGCUGAACUCUAUCUUUUCUUUAUAGCCCAUUGUUAUGUCAGAAAACUGGCAGCAUCGACAAUUACAACCUACAUCAGCAUUGAGCUAUGUUCAUAAAACACAUAGUCUGCCAGAUUUUUCAAGUAACUUUUUAGUUAAAAAAUGUUUACAUGGCUACAGCAACAGUUUAAAAACUCCAGAUAAAAGGUUACCAAUCACAAAUGACAUGUUGGAAAAACUGGUUGCUUCAGUUGAGAAAACUUGUACUGGUCUCUUCAUAAGAACUCUAGUUAGAGCAAUGUUCCUGCUUGCUUUCCAUGCCUUGCUGCGGAUUGGUGAAAUCACAAGCAAUAAAGGCAAACCUUCCACACUGUCAUAUUCUGAUAUAACAUUCAAGGAGUUUAAAUCAGGUCAACCUGCACUCUUAGAGGUGCGAAUCUCAAAUUUUAAACAUUCUAAUGGCCGCUCUGUCCUACUAGCAAUCAAAGCCAAGGCAGACUGCAAACAAUUCUGUCCUGUUACAACACUAUGGCAAUAUGUCUGCAUGCGUGGUUCCACGGAAGGUCCUUUGUUCAAUUUUAUAGACAAGACCUGUGUUUCCCGUUCAUUCUUCAGUGAAAAGCUGAGACAGUGUUUAGUUUUCUGUGGCUAUGACACAAAGGUAUAUAAAGGUCAUUGUUUCCGUAUAGGGGCAGCUUCCAUGGCGGCAAUUAAGGGCAUGUCGGAGAGCCUGAUUCAAGAAAUGGGCAGAUGGAAGUCUUCUGCAUUUAAGAAAUACAUCAGAAUAAAUAGCUUUUUGAUAUAAAAAGUAUAUUUCCAAUUAUAUACAACAUACACUAAAGAACAUAGUACUAUACAGCUUUAAGACACCAAUUUUAAGGAAUCAAGUUUUGGGCUUGGUCACACAAGGAUAAAUCAGCAUCUAGUUUUGGGCGGAUGCUUAUAAAAAGUCAUUUAACAAAAUAUAUGUAGGUUCAUUUUAACGACCAGGCUAGUACAUGUGAUUGGGCGUCCAGUUUUGGGCUGGUGCUCAUGCAAAUUAAUUUUUAUGAGCAGCCGGAUAGUACACCAAAAUAAAAUAGAUGCAGGUUGAUGUCAAUAGUUUUAUAUCCAUCUUUCCUAUAUGUAUAAAUAUAUAUAUAUAUAUUGUUGCCUUUUGAGUUCAUAUAUUAAGUAGUAGGGUAGCAGAGAUGGAGUUUUGGGCUUCAUUCUCUUUUACAGUAUUCUUUUUUAAAUAUUUCAAUUAGAAAUUACAUACAUGUGGAUAAUGUGCCAAUAUUUUUUGUGAAAUGUCUAAAACAUAAUACAUGUAUAGCAAUUUCCUUUAUAUUUUUCAUAUCAUGUUGUAAAUAUAGUUAACUAUUUUUCUUCAUAUAUUAAGUAGUAGGGUAGCAGAGAUGGAGUUUUGGGCUUCAUUCUCCUUUACAGUAGCUUUUUUAAAUCUUUCAAUUAGAAAUUACAUACAUGUGGAUAAUGUGCCAAUAUUUUUUGUGAAAUGUCUUCAACAUAAUACAUGUAUAACAAUUUCCUUUAUAUUUUUCAUAUCUUGGUGUAAAUAUAGUUAACUAUUUUUCUAGUCAUAUAGUUGUCUUAGUUAGGAAUUUAUUAGCAUUUACUUUGUGAGCUGUAUGCCAGCUGAUAUCUUAAAAUGUAUUUGAGACGAACUCUAGAUAUCUUCAACUUAAUUAUGUUAAAUCAUUUAUUGCGCUUAUCAAACCUUAAUUAUCAACCACCUCUACACUCAGAUUGGUUGGGGGAUUGAUUCACAAUUUUUAUCUAAAUUGUUCACAAUUAUGGCGGUUUUUCCCCCCAACUUUGUCUUUCAAGGAAAACAUUUUAUAGUUGAAUUCUUUCUAGUCACAUUGUAUUUGUUUUAUGCAAUAUUAUAUUUUCACUUUAUCCGUCAUUUUAUCAUUAAAAUGACAAUUUUCAAUUCAA